CAGGAACUUUGGCGGAACGGAAUAUCCCAGAAGCUCAUGGGUUUGAGCUGAGGAGGGUCGUCGAGAGGAAUUGAUGGGACGGCAUACAUGUUAAAUGCUUCCUUAAAUACCGUGGAGCUUUCCACCCUUACCUGCCAUCCUCCCAUCCCCUUCACACCAAACCCGAUUUUCUACGUUCAUCUCAUAAGUAACUUAAGUCACUUCAACAUGAUAGCCUCACUAGUCGCUUUAAUUUUUGCACUGUCAGUCUAUACUGUCGGAGCCACUUAUCACACAGGAUGUUACAAUUAUUUCCUCAACCUAGAUGGGUGUGUCCACGCUGCCAACGAUCCAAAAGUCCGAUGUGGGGCUAACAAAACCACCAACGCACCUGUUCACGCAUUCUCGGGCCCCCAAGCGCCUCCUAACCAGACUCCCUUGGUCAAGCGAUACGACACCAAAUUGCCGCCCUUUCAAAUCGGUCAAAUCGGCGGCAGAGGACCAGUCUGCAAGAAAUAUAAUUCUGAUAGGGACCUAGCAGUAUGUCUCUGGAAUGGACCAGACCACAAGAAACACACAGCAGAAUCAUCUGGUUGGCUCAAUGAGGCAAAGACAUCCAACUGUGGAAAAAGAGUUUAUGUCAUGAGAAAGACCGAUACCUCGAACAUUCAAUACGCCCAGAUUGUUGAAGGCUGCGACUUUCCUACCAAAAAUUUCACGAUCGGUUGUGCCCAAAUUGGUCUUUCCAAUGCGUUGUUCGACAAGUUCCACCCAACACCCAAAGAAAAGAAUCAGCGCUUCCUUGACACUCCAAUGAUCUGGGACUAUGACUCUUUCAAUGGCCAACAUACUCAACAGGCCCCAGUCUGA